AUGGAAAAGACUUCACCAGCAGGCAAAGAUCAUGUAGAGUUUUGCACAACGGCAAAUAAAGCAUUCAAUGAAAUGGGCACUAUUGAACCAAAGGGCGACUACUCGGGGGCUUCGCAAAAGACCGAUCCUGUCGAGAUCAGGUUGGUUCGAAAGCUCGAUAUGCGCAUCAUGCCGAUUCUAUGGGCGAUGUACUCUCUUAACUACCUCGAUCGAAAUGCUCUACCGCAAGCUCGACUCAAUAAUCUAGAAGACGACCUCAAUUUGAAGGGGGUGGAGUACAAUACCGCGAUUUCUAUUCUCUUCGUGGGAUAUAUCCUCAUGCAGGUCCCGAGCAACAUGUUCCUCACCAGGACGAAGCCACGUAUCUACCUUCCUGUAGUGAUGAUGGCUUGGGCCACGGUAUCGGCAUGUACAGCACUGGUACAGAAUUAUCCCGGACGGGUUGCAUGCCGCUUUCUACUUGGAUUUGUGGAGGCGCCUUUCUAUCCUGGAGCUCUCUACUUGCUUUCAAUCUUUUACACUCGCAAAGAGUUGGCGUCACGCAUAGCCAUCAUGUACACCGGCCAGGUAUUAUCAACAGGAUGCUCUGGAUUGAUCGCGGCUGCGUGUUUUGCUACUCUAGACGGUGCCCACGGUAUUGCUGGAUGGCGUUGGCUCUUCAUCAUAGAAGGUGUAACAACCUUUGGAGUUGCACUCAUCGGCAUAUUUUUACUGUGCGACGAUCCUGCAGAUACAAGGUGGCUCACUGAAGAAGAAAGAGCUCUAGCAGUCAGUCGCAUCAAAAGGGACACCGUCGGCGACGAAGGGCGGGCCUCGGUCUGGUCUGGAUUGCGUCAGGCUGCCACAGAUCCUAAGCUGUGGGUUUUCGUGCUCAUGCAGAACCUCCAUCUCUCGGCGUGCUCCUUCAACAACUUCUUCCCAACUAUCGUGGCAUCUUUGGGCUUCAAGAGCAAAAUCACAGCUCUACUCCUAACCGCACCUCCGUACUUUGUGUCGGGCUUGCUAGGGGUACCAUUCGCUUGGUCAUCCGGCAGAUUCAACGAGCGAACCUGGCAUAUUACGGGCGGGUUUGGACUUGCCGUAAUAGGCUUCGCGAUGUCCUGCGCAAGUAUGAACAACGCAGUACGUUACACCUCAACCUUUCUUUACGCCACAGGAGCAUACUCAGUCGGCUCGGUCAUCCUUGGAUGGGUGUCGGCCACAUUGUCGCAGACACCAGAGAAGAAGUCCGUUAGCUAUGCUAUUGUCAACUCCUUUGCAAAUCUCUCAUAUGUGUAUAUGGCAUAUCUGUGGCCCACGUCCGAUUCUCCCAGAUAUAUCACGGGCUUCUCUGCGAUGCUGGCUUUCUCAGUGGGAAGUAUUCUGUGCGCUUGGGUCAUGAGAUUCUGGCUUGUAAGCAUGAACAAGACCAUCAAAAGGAAUGAGAACGAGCAUCGGGUCUUGUACGCUUUUUGA